UAAUUUACCUGGGUUAUCUUUCGUGUCAGUUUUUGCAGUAAAAAGUAUUUUGUUUUAAUAUUUCGAUUGCAGUAAAAAGUACAUUUUUUCCGCAUUUGAAUUUAUAUAUCUUUUGUAAUUAUAACCUCUAAAUGGUUAAACCUGUGUAAUGAUGUGCAAAUCAUACAAAUAGCAUUUCUUCAUGCAAGCAAUCGCCAUUCCGAAUUAGUUAUGGCAAGCUUAAGAGAACUACCACCCAAGCCAGAACGAAAUUUAAAGAAGUAUGAUCUUCAGAUCGUCAACGCUGCUAUUCAGCAUCUCUGCAAAGAAGAAAAUGAUAGUUUGACUAUUGAAGAACUAAAAGAAAAUGUAGAGAAAAGUCUUGGAAGAAAGUUUCGGUUUUCCUUUCUACCUCUGCUACAAAAAUUCGAUAGCAACUUUUUUGUGGAAGACCGUUAUAAUUCAAAAUUGAUCAGAGCAAAAACGACAUUAGAGCUGUGUCCAUCGCACAGCGGAAUACGGAAAAGAUGCGAUAAAACUUGCAAUAAAUUACACAUCUGUAAAUAUUAUCUGUUAUCAAAUUCUUGCACCGUUAAAGGAUCUAGGUGUCGUUUUGGUCACAAUUUGAAAUCCGACUAUAACAAGGCACUUUUAGAAUAUCACGACUUGGUUGAAAUAGAUGUUGAGGAGCUAAGAAAUCUAUUUAAAAGCCCUAGAAAUAGAUGUCAGGUGACACGACCACCAAUAUGCAAAUUUUACAACUUAGAAAAAGGCUGUUCAAAGGAAGCUGGAUGUAAAUUUCUGCAUAUUUGUAAACCUUAUGUUACCGGAUCAUGUCGUUUUGGAAGGAGAUGCAGACAAAAUCAUAACAUUUUCCAGCCUCAAUUGAAAGAACUUCUAGUAAAAUAUGGCAUCAAUAUAAAACAGAGUGCAAGAGACAUUGUAGAAGAAUUGAAAGAGUGUUUCACUGAGGACUCGGACGAUGACGUCAGUGAUUCAGACGAUGAAGUACUAGUACCUCAGGCACGACCACAACCCAGGAAUCGUGGCAUGAUCAGAUCAAAAUCAAACCCAAGCCUGUUUACGGGAAUGUCGAGUUUAUCAGUAGCAUGUAGUUGUGACAUAGACGAACCACUACAGGCAGAAUCUGAAGAAAUAUGCAUCUAUUAUUUGAGAGGAAAUUGUCGAUACGGAGCUAGAUGUAACAUGCAGCAUAAAGCUAGUAUGUAUCAAUGGCAGUUUAAAGACACAAGAGGCAAAUGGACUGAUUACAGACCAGCGACAAACGUGGAGAUAGAACAGAAAUACUGUGAUGUGUACACUGUUGACUGCUGUAUACAGUUUGGCAAGCAAAUACGAAUGAAUAUGGAUUUCAUACAAAUGACAGGGAAGAAAAAAGGAACCAUUAUCAAUAUUAGGAGGUUAUCAACCGAAUCAUCAGCGGUUCAGAAAUUUCAACCUUUAGCAACAGAAUACAAAUGGUACUGGGAAGAUCAAAGAGAAAGGUGGAUUAUUUACGGUGGACAGAAUGUCACAGGUUAUGCUGCUAUUUUGGACAGUGAGAGCUUGGAAAUGAAUUAUCACGAGAACCCAUGUGGUCAAAUGAAGUUCAAAACAAGAGGACACGACUACAUUAUGGACUUUCAAAAAAUGGUUCAGAAAAAUGUUGUCCAUAAAACGGAAAGAUGCGUUCGUAGACGGCCUGUAUUUGUUUGUGCUGAAGAUGUGGAGUUGAAAAGGAGAAAGUCAUCUGAUACUGGUACUAUGAAGAGAUCUACAUCAUGUUCCACUUUAGUUCUAACACCACUGUCCUAUGAUCAAGCAUCUCAUAUACCGUCAUCAUGGACUUUCGAUAAAAGACGCCGGUCAGAAGACUUAAUCCAUCAUUAUAGUUUGGUAGAAUGUCAAAAGACCGGUCCUGAAGGCUGCACGAUAAGGAAAAUGUUUUUUGAAACAAUGCCAAAGUCAUGCAAUAUUGUAUCCAUAAAAAGGAUUGAAAACGGCGAAUUAUGGAUGAAUUAUGUGAGUAAAAGAGAAAAAAUGAAUAUGAGGAAAACAUUUGGUGGUAAUGUAAUGGAACUACAACUAUUUCAUGGUACCAAUGAAGAUUUAGUUGAUGCAAUAUGUCGCCAAGGCUUCGACUUCCGGUUCAGUGGUAGUAAAAUAGGUCAUAAAUACGGCAAAGGCAGUUAUUUUGCGAAAAUGGCUCAAACUGCCGACAGUUACACGGAUUUUGGAAGAAAAAAACGCAUGUUUGUUGUUCGAGUUUUAGCUGGAGAAUAUACCCUUGGUGAAACGUCGUUUGUUCGUCCUCCUUCAAGGAAGCCCUCUGAUCCCUUCGAACUUUUCGACUCAUGUGUAGAUAAUGUGCGGAAUCCGAAUAUAUUCGUCAUUUUCACUUUCGAUCAAGUGUACCCAGAAUAUGUAAUAGAAUACCAACAAUCCAAUUUAAAGUAUAAUGAAUUUUAACUUUUUUUUAUAUUUGAGAACUUGUCUUUGAAUAUUGUUAUUACAAUUUCAUUUCUUAUAAUUCAAAAUAAUCCGUAAAAGACUUACAAGAUAAUUAGAGGACAAUCAGUCAUGUAUUAAUUCAAAUUUAUAAAAAAAAACUCAUGACAUUUUUUUAAAACAUAAUGUUAGAUUAGAAUGUAUUUAGUACAAGAACUAUAUAAAUCAGAUCAAUUGUCACCAGUAAUGGUGGAUCCAGGUUCCGAGAAAAAAGGGGGCGUUAUUGGCCACAAUGGUACAGACAGGGAAAUAUUUUUUUACAAUUUUAAGCAAAAUUUUUCACUUUAUAAUAAAUACUUGAAUUGCAAAUAAUCACGUGUAGAUUUUGAUUUAGAGGGAUGUUAUAGUCUCGACAUUACAGUUAUUUAUUUCUAAUGUUAAAAUAAGAAGAUGUAGAAUGAUUGCAAAUGAGACACUUUAAUUUCGCCAGAGUCCAAAUAACGUAAAAGUUAGCAACUAUAGGUUAUCAUACAGUCUUCAUCAAUAAGCAAAACCACAUAGCAGGAGACACAUAGUUCACUAUAUAUACAUGUCUCUGCGCAUAGCAAGCUAUACAAGGCCCUGACACGACAAUUGUAAAACAAUUGAAACUAGUAAACUAACGGUCUGAUUUAUGUACAAAACAAUAAACAAAAAACACAUAUGACAUACAGCAACAAACGACAACCACUGCAUUACAGGCUCCUGACUUUGGACAGACACAUACAUAAUGUAGCGGGGUUCACCCUUCCCUUAAUCUGGUACAGUGGUGUAACAGAACAACAUAACAAACAAAACUCAGUAUAACAAUCAGUUGAAUAACCCAUUAUAUCGAUUCCAAGCACACAAAACAACUAACAAAAAGACGAAGACACGAAGAACCGAUCUGAGAGAUUUAAGAUUGUUAACUCUUUUUUCAAUAGUCAUAGAAGAACUUCAAAAUCGUGAAGAUGUACUAGUAU